ACCUUUUCUUAGUACUACAGUAUAGUAACAAGAGCAUAAUACUUAGUAGUGUAAUCAGCAUACUUCAACAAAUCUCACCAUUCCAUGGACGAGAACACUAAUAAUAUGGAUCUUUCUGAACAAACAACUAACGAGGAAAGGCCUAUGUCAGACGUGGAGGAUACAACACCAUUGCCCGUCACAGAUUAUGAAGCUAUGGCAAAUAAAAUUAUGCCCGAACUAGGUCAAGAGAUCGAAGACUUUAAAUAUGACACAUGGCAUGUAACAAAUUGGCGGCAUUUGGAAAAGAGGAUAACAGGGCCAGAAUUCGAAGCUGGAAAUUGGAAAUGGCGAAUUUUACUAUUCCCCUCUGGCAAUAAUAAUCAAGAUACCGUUUCUAUUUAUCUUGAUUUUGUUGAUCCUAAGGGUGCUCCGGCAGGCUGGCAUUCAUGUGUUCAAUUCGCUUUAGUCUUGUGGAAUCCUGAAGAUCCAACACAAUAUAUUUAUCAUCACGCGCAUCAUCGAUUCACUGCCGAAGAAUCGGACUGGGGUUUUACACGGUUUUACGAUUUACGUAAAUUGUUAACUCCUUGUGAAAACCGAACGCGUGCGUUAAUUGAGAAUGAUUCGACCAAUAUUACGGCGUUUGUACGAGUAUUGAAGGAUCCUACAGGUGUCUUAUGGCAUAAUUUCAUCAAUUAUGAUUCAAAGAAAGAGACGGGAUAUGUGGGAUUGAAAAACCAAGGCGCUACGUGUUACAUGAAUUCGUUACUACAGUCACUUUAUUGUACGACUUAUUUCCGUAAGGCAGUUUACCAAAUCCCCACAGAAGAUGAUGAACCAAUCAAGAGCGUCUCCUUGGCGUUACAACGAGUUUUCUACCAAUUGCAGACAUCAAAUACUCCGGUUGGGACAACGGAAUUAACAAAAUCUUUUGGAUGGGAUUCAAUAGACUCUUUCAUGCAGCACGAUGUACAAGAAUUUAACAGAGUGUUGCAAGAUAAUCUUGAAGGCAAAAUGAAGAGUACAAAAGCCGAUGGUGCAAUUACCAAGCUUUUUGUUGGUAAAAUGAAGAGCUAUAUCAAAUGUGUUAAUGUGGAUUAUGAGUCUUCUCGUGUUGAAGAUUAUUAUGAUAUUCAGCUGAAUGUGAAAGGUUGCAAGACUUUAAGAGAUUCUUUCAAGGAUUAUAUUCAAGAAGAAACAUUGGAAGGCGAUAAUAAGUAUCAAGCAGAAGGUCAUGGGUUGCAAGAUGCCAAAAAAGGUGUUAUUUUUGAAAGCUUUCCUCCAGUUUUACACUUACAACUUAAAAGAUUCGAAUAUGAUAUACAAAGGGACGCAAUGGUUAAGAUUAAUGAUCGUCACGAAUUUCCGAUGGAAAUUGAUUUAGAAGAGUUUCUAUCAGAGGAUGCAGAUAGAUCAAGUCCUCAUAAAUAUCUAUUACACGGCGUACUUGUCCAUAGUGGUGAUUUGCAUGGAGGUCAUUACUUUGCUUUACUUAAACCUGAAAAAGACGGCAAAUGGUUUAAAUUUGAUGAUGACCGUGUCACGCCUGUUAUAGAUAAGGAAGUACUUGAGGAUAAUUAUGGUGGCGAAUCCCCAAAUGCAAACGCUAUAACAAUUCGCUCAGCUGGAAGGAACCAUAAACGGUUUACCAAUGCCUAUAUGUUAGUUUAUAUUCGUGAAUCAAAUGUUGAUGAGAUAUUGUCCCCUGUGGUUCACGAGGAUAUACCAGAACAUUUACAAAAACGGUUGGAGGAAGAAAGAGCCGAAGAAGAACGAAGGAGGAAAGAAAUGGAGGAGAGACAUCUUUAUCUUAUUGUCAAGAUUGUGACUGCUGAAAAGUUCAAAGUUCAUCAAGGAUUUGACCUUGCAAACUUUGAUGAUCGACAAUAUCCACUUUCUGAUGUAUUUACAUAUAAGAUUCUAAAAGCUGAUACCUAUGGUUCUUUUAAAGAACAUGUUGCUCGAAGUUUCAAUAUUCCUACUGAACAAGUACGGUUCUGGGUUCUUGUAAAUCGUCAAAAUAAAACUGUUCGACCUGAUGCUCCAAUAGCAGAUGCUCUUACCAAUACCAGCAUGGAAGAAAUUCAUGCAAAGAUGACUUCUCGGCAGAAUGAAAUGAAGUUGUAUAUGGAGGUAGCAGACAAACCAAUUAAUGGCAAGACAUGGUUCCCUACAGUUCCGGAAGCAAAUCACAUAAUGGUUUUCCUCAAAUAUUUUGAUCCUGACAAACAGGCUUUAGAAGGUCUAGGUCAUUUAUAUAUACAAAAGUUCGGUAAGGUAGGCGACAUUACUCGCGUCCUAUGUGAGAAAAAGGAAUUUCCACCAGAUACUCCUUUGAAAAUAUACGAAGAAAUCAAACCAAACAUGAUUGAAGAAAUGAAACUCAAAUCCACUUUUCAACAAUCAGAGAUACAAGAUGGCGAUAUAAUUUGUUUUCAAAAGGCUUUAACAGAAAAAGAGAUCCAAGAGCAUACAACAUCUGGUCGUUAUUGGGAUAUCCCUCAUUUCUAUGAAUCAUUAACUUUACGUAUUGUUGUUUUGUUCAAGCCAAAAUUGAAAGAUCGGGAUCCAAAACCUGAAUUUGAAAUAGUUUUAAAUAAAAAAUGGACAUAUGAUCAGGUUGCUGGAGCAGCCGGCACUCAUUUGAACACGGAUCCUCUUAAAUUACGAUUUACCACAGCACAUUCGACAUCUGGUACACCAAAAAAUGUCAUCAAACGAACCACAAAUCAGACCCUUUCAGAGAUGCUUCAAACUGCAUAUUUGUCACCGCCGGCUCAUGUUUUAUUCUACGAGAUGCUGAAAAUAAGUAUUGUAGAAUUAGAAACGAAAAAGUUCAUUAAAGUUUAUUGGCUUGGAAACACAGUUAAGGAUGAGGAAGUCAUUGAACUUGGUUUUCCAAAGGAUGCAGUUGUUAAUGACAUCAUAGACGAAAUCUCAAAACAUGAAAAAGUGACAUCAUCAUCACCAAAUUCUAGAAUCAGACUAUUUGAUGUUCAUCAUAAUAAGAUUCAAAAAGAAUAUACAGGAAGCGAACCAAUAGAGAGGAUACAAGAACAUACGACAUUAUACGCAGAGGAAAUACCUCAAGAUGAAAUUCAUGCUGAUCAAAAUGAUCGAACUAUUCAAGUAUAUCAUUUCACAAAGGAUCCGAUACGCGUACAUGGAAUUCCGUUCAAAUUUGUUAUUAAAAAUGGCGAGACACUUGCGGAUACUAAAGUACGUCUUCGACAUCGGCUUGGUAUGAAUGAGAAAGAUUUUUCGAAAGUAAAAAUUGCAAUUGUACCUGGAGCCUCAUACGCAAAACCGGAAUAUCUUGAGGACGAUGAUAUAAUCUUAUCGGAAAAGAAAUUAUCUAAUGAAGAAUGUCUGGGACUUGAUCACGUAGAUAAAACUGGCCGUGCAGGGAGGGUUGGAGGUGUAGAAAAGGCUAUUUUCAUUCGAGGCUAAUAUAUAUAUUUGCUUGUAAUAUUUUCUUAAAAAUUUGGGUUUUCAUUUUUGCUAUUAUUUUUUCUGGAAUAUAAAAGGGCUUAUUGUAGAGUUGUGGAUAUAAAUAUAAAAAGAGAAAGAAAAAAAAACUUUGAAUUUUGAUUUCUUUUAUUAAACGUUAAGUUAUAUAUACUUUAAACAUUAUUAUGAAUUUUUAUUAUUGGACUUGUAAUUGGUACACGACUUAGUUAUUUCAUAAGUGAUAUUUAAAAUUUACCAUUAUAAUAAGAAAC